AUGAGCGGCCGUGAUAAUGGCCCUCGGAAGAGGCGCAAGCUGUCGCCUCCAGAGCCUGGACCUUACGUGCUACGUGCGGUUACUGAUGACAUUCCGCUCAAGGCCGAUGACCACCAUGAUGAUGUCUCCAUAACUUGUGUUGAAUACUGGAAUAAUAAUCUAUACAUUGGGACCUCUGCAUCCGAGAUCCUGCACCUCGUUGCGCUGCCCCCCGAUCCCACUUCUGAGAGUUCGAGUCCCACCUUCAUCCUAGCUUCACGGUUGCAGCCAAGUGGCCACGACCUCGGGAAAGAUGCACUAGGCCGGCGAGGUGUCCAGCAAAUUGUCAUACUGCCCAGCUCUUCAAAAGCCUGCGCUCUGUGUAACGGCACUGUCUCGUUCUAUUCCCUGCCAGAGUUGAGCCCCGCCUUUCCCAACAAGGAGCCCACAAACGUGCAGUGGAUAGGAGGCCUGGAUGACAAUGUCGGUCCUGACGGCCACCAUGAGCCGGUGCUCAUGAUCGCCAACUCGAAACGAAUCCUGCUGGUAAGAAUUGGAGAGAAACUCAGAUCCGCGGGAAGCAAUAUCGAGUAUCCUGGAUGCUUGCGCUCUGCUAGACGAGACACCAUUGCUUGCGUUGCGGAUUCCAAAAGCUAUGCCUUGCUGGAGAUCGAACAUCAGCAGAAGAUCCCUCUGUUUCCCAUAUCGUCCGCCAGCCCCGAUCAAGACGACCAGCAGCCACCUACCCCGAACCGAGACAAUUCCCGCUCACCACCAGAAGGCGCAGGCCAUGGCCGCAGUACUAGCCUGGGCAACCUCAUAAGCUCUGUUGCUGAUCGGACCAUCAGCCCACGUCCGCUAUCCACUCCGGAUGGCAGGCUAUUGGCUCCAGGCGGCGGUGGUGCUGUACACGGUGGAAGGGAGAUCAGUCAGUCACCCAGCCGAUCCGACACGCAGAGCCCGGGCACCAGGCAGCGCUCGUCAACGGAUAGUCUUCCUGCGAGGCCGAAGCCAGAUGCGAGCCAGCGGCCUUCAGCUGGAUAUAUUAAACCACACAUCGUAUCACCGUUUCCAACUGAAUUCAUGCUGACUACGGGCACGAGUCCGUCUGAACCUGGAGUCGGCAUGUUUGUCAAUGUCGAUGGUGAUCUCGUUCCACGAGGCACAGUCGAAUUUCCCACCUAUCCCGACGCCGUUCUAGUAGAUGAGAAGGCCCCUCCCAAUCCAGCUUUUCCGUCACCUGCUGAUGAUGAGCGCAUCAUCAUUGCUUUAUUGCGCAAGGAGAAAAACGAAACGAGCGUGUCCGGCUUGCAUAUCCAGCCUCUACCCGGGCCGAACACAACUAACCAGACCAAGGGAUAUUGGUUGGAGUUUCGGAGUCUUAGAGAUGACACAUCAUCUGGGCUGCAUAAAGCCCUGGAUGCGCAGAACCACGAUUUCGAGGACGUUGCAGAGCUUAUGCAAGCAGUACCUGUCAGACUCAAUCGAGAAAGUAUCCUAACUCUUUACGACAAGUCUGAGGAUGAUCCACGCACGAGCUCUGCUGUGGAGCAGCUUGAACAACAGGAAGCCCUGUUCGACUCCGGCAAUGGUGGCACAUCUCCGCCAGAAGUCGUUGCCGAACUCAUCGAGAAGCGUCUUGAGGAAGAAAAGAAGUUUGUCAGGCGCUUCGGUCAGAGCAGAAGUCGUCAGAUUGUUUGGCAGGGCGACAAGCUUUGGCACCUCUUACCCAAUCCCUUGAUACUCCAAUUGGAAGCACGCAUUCGAGAAGCCGUAGGCAAAAACGACGGAUGGACAGUAGAUGCCAGAGCUCUGUUGAGGCUCAUGACCGAUUUACGGAAGCGCGAAGCUGAAAGUGAGGUGGAGUUCCUGACAUUGAGCUUCAUUCGGCAGAAGACUAGCUUGAUGCUCUUUCUACACUUGACGAACCUCUUGACAUCUCAUGACGACCUGGCCGAACAUCAGUCCGCUAUUGAAAAUGCCAUGCACGAGAGUGGGUUGGAUCCUCGCGUUGUUCUACUCCUCAUUCCGCCCUUGUCAUCCGAGGUAAGCCAAGGCUCACAAGGUAUCUGGAUGCAGCAAGGUAUGGUGGAUGUUUGUGCUGGAUUCAAAUCGCCCAUCCAAGAUUUCACUAAGGCACCCCUGGAGUUCUGGAUGAUGCUUAGGCACUAUUUGACGCUAUGGCAGGAGAAGCGAGGCUAUGGUAGCAUAACCGACGAGAAGUUGGUGUUCGACUCUGUCGAUGCAGCUCUCCUGCACGUUCUGCUGUAUUUGGAUCAAGCUCUUCCAAAGGGAAGCGGCGUGCAGACGUCCUCGCGCGCCAAACUCAACAACGUUGUGGAUCACUGGAAGGGCAACUUUGACCGAGCGGUGUCGCUUCUCGAGCGGUACCAGCGUCUUUAUGUGCUCAGCCGGUUGUACCAGAGCAGGAAGCAAGCCAAAGAGGUCCUGAGAACUUGGCGACGGAUUGCUGAAGGCGAGCCUGACGUCGACUACGGACCGGACUCGACGGAUCUGGAGCUGCAGAUCAAGCGCUACCUUGCGGUCAUUCGCGACACAAGCCUUAUCCAGGAGUACGGCAUAUGGCUUGCCCACCGGAACCCCAGCCUAGGUGUGCAGGUAUUCUCCGAAGAUUCUAGCAGAGUCAAAUUCGAUCCUCAGGAAGUCGUCCGACUACUGAAAUUGCAUGCGCCCGAAGCAGUGCAGCAAUACCUCGAGCACCUUGUCUUCAGUAAAGGCCUCGAACGUUAUGCCGAUGAUCUGAUCGGCUACUACCUGGAUUCUGUGCUUGACGUCCUUGAAUCCUCAGAAGCUGCUCGUGAAUCUUUGGCGCAGACGUACAGCGUGUAUCGCUCAUUGCCUUCGCCGAAGCCGACCUAUCUGAAUUUCAUCACCGACAACGCACCACCAGAGGCCUGGUGGCAGUCCCGUCUCCGGCUGCUUCAACUUCUCGGAAGUGGCGGAUACGCGAGAACGGACACAUCCAAGGAGCUGACAUAUUCCGUGCCAAUGGUGCUUCAGCGGCUAGCCCCCUUCUCCUCGUACCUGGUCUCCGAAUCGAUCAUCCUCGAUGCCCGCCAGGGCCGACACCGCGAAGCACUACGGCUGCUCACACACGGGCUAGGCGACUACGACUCAGCCGUACGCUACUGCUACUUUGGCGGCCCAACCUCCGCCUCGUCCGGCACCAUCGAUGCCAGCGCCUUGCCCUCCCGCGAAUUGCAGCAGGAGCUCUUCGACUAUCUCUUCCACGAGUUCCUGAAAAUCGAAGACGAAGAAGAGCGCCUCGAGCACGCCAGCCAGUUGCUCGGCAAAUUCGCCACCUGGUUCGACCCGCUACAGAUCCUGGUCGAGAUCCCCAACGAGUGGAAUGUCGCGCUGCUGGCCGAGUUCCUGCUGCGCAGCUUCCGCGCCGCCACUUCGGCCAGGAACGAGGCGGUUAUCGUGAAAGCCCUCAGUGCCGCGCAGAACCUGCAGAUGCAGGCGCAGUUCGUGGAGGUGUGUGAGAAGGUGGGUGCUACGAUUGAGGCGGAGAAGGGACGCGUGAGCGAAGGCGAAGGAGGUGGUGAUGUUGAUGAUGCGCCACCACCACCGUCUGAUAUACAAGUCUCGUGA